AUGGGUCGUGGAGGAGGCCGUAGUAAAGCCAGUUCAACUGGAACUACCCAUGAAGCUGGAACUCCCUACAUUCCAAUUGACUUAAAUACAACAUUGAUUGAAUUUAUUCUCUCUGGCCACUUCGAAACGGAUUACUUUUCAUACUGCUCAACUCGAUUAAGUGCCUAUACUUGUCGAUAUUGGUUCGAUCCAAAUCAUUCAGCGUCUCAGGCAGAUUUUGACACACAUGCCUUUGAGGAGGGGGCAUUGCGACCCAUCGAAACUCACUCAGAUAUGCUCAUGCAUUUCGCCAACCCUGCCCACUUUCCAGUCUCGCUGGCGGGUGGUAUUGUAAGAGAUGGGUGGGACAAACAUCCCAACGAUUCCACUCUACUCAUCAACGACCUUCUUCCCCUUACAAUCAGCCGAGAAAAACAAAUAUGCUCAACUUUGCUUUGCAUUGCCUUGUUCGUCAGUAUCCUUGCCAAUAUGCUCUCUUGUCAUUGUCUUCGACGAAUUUCCGACGGUGGCCUUUACAUUGCAAAAAUUCUUCAAUAUCUCACGAUUCUGGAGUGUAUUGAUUUAUUCAUUCAACUGGGUAACACUCUAAUAGAUUUCUAUCGAGGAGUACCGCUGUUUACUGUGAUUGAUUUUAUUGGAAAAUGGUCGUGUCAGACUCUCGCUAUGGGAUAUACUAGCCUUGCACAUUCAGAAGGUCUUCUCGUUUCAGCGCUUGCAGGCUAUUCUCUUCUAUUCCUCAAGAACCUGCGAUAUCAUUUAGCCCGAUUUCGAGGCGACUGGACCUUCAACUUUUUAAUGCUAGUUAUUGCUCUUACUGCAACUGCAAGCAGUCAGUUCUUCUAUACGUUCGACUUAUUCCACGUGGACAAUCGUUUACCGCCAUCAAAAGCAAAAAUUGGGAAAGGAGUAUUUGUCGAGCCUUCUCUAUACAUGUGUGGAUUUUCAGCUUCUUGGGGUUUGAGUCACGUUUACGUAUCAUACAUAUGGCCCAUGAUAGACCAUCUUCAGGGAGAUAUUAUUCCCUGUCUCAUGUCACUUGCUGCCGGAACGAUGAUACUGAUAAGUCGACAAAGCGUAGCAAGGAAAGAACGGAAAGAGCAGGAUCUAGGCACUACAGAUGAGAUGAAUGAAUUUAUUUGGAUAUUACCUCUUCUGUUCCUUCUACAUGGAUUUUCAAUCCUUCCACGAACGAUAUUCUUUGUGGGAAAAUAUUUCGUGUUUUCAGGUAAGAUAUUUGACAAUUGGAAAUAA